UUGCUCAUCUUUUCUUGUGCUAAAGAUGCUCUGGGCCGUUAAAGUUGCUGGCACUUUUGUAGAGGACUUUUUUAUAACUUAGAAAAUAAGAAAAAACAACAACGCUCAAAACCUACCUAAACAAUGGGCUGUGUUCAAAGCUUCAGGGAAUUGUGUGACCGUCCAAAGAACACUAAUGUUCGAAUCAGUCUCCCAGCCGUUUGCAUUGUGUGGCAAACAGCCAUGAUCAUCUUAUUUGGGAUUUUUAUUCGUUACAAUGAAGAAUCAGACGCACACUGGAGAGAGGACCGACAGAAAAACAAUUUGAGUGACAUUGAGAACGACUUCUACUUCAGAUAUCCAAGUUUUCAGGAUGUUCAUGUGAUGAUCUUUGUUGGAUUUGGCUUCCUGAUGACAUUUCUUAAGCGCUACAGCUUUGGAGCAGUGGGUUUCAACUUCCUCAUUGCAGCCUUUGGCCUCCAAUGGGCGUUGCUAAUGCAAGGCUGGUUCGGCUCCUUCACUGAUGGAAAGAUCAAAAUUGGAAUUGAAAACCUGAUCAAUGCUGAUUUCUGUGUGGCGGGCUGCCUGAUAGCCUACGGGGCGGUGCUCGGCAAAGUCAGUGCAGUCCAGCUAAUGGUUAUGACUCUGUUUGGGAUCACAUUGUUUGCUGUGGAAGAACAUAUUAUCCUACAUAUCAUACAUGCCAAAGAUGCUGGAGGCUCCAUGGUGAUCCACACAUUUGGAGCUUAUUAUGGUCUUUCCAUCUCGUGGAUGCUCUAUCGGCCAAACCUGAACCAGAGCAGUCGUAUGCAGUGCUCCGUCUACCACUCAGAUGUCUUUGCCAUGAUUGGCACCCUGUUCCUCUGGAUGUUCUGGCCCAGCUUCAACUCAGCCAUCACUGACCACGGUGAUGGGCAGCACAGAGCAGCCAUCAACACCUACCUGGCUCUGGCCUCAACUGUGCUCACUACUGUGGCCAUGUCGAGCCUAUUCCAGAAGCACGGAAAACUAGACAUGGUUCACAUCCAGAACUCCACUCUUGCGGGAGGUGUUGCAGUGGGAACUGCAGCAGAGUUCAUGUUGAUGCCCUACGGCGCUCUGAUCGUAGGAUUCUGCUGUGGUAUCAUCUCCACGCUGGGAUAUAUCUACAUCACACCUUUCAUGGAGAAGUACCUGAAGAUCCAGGACACAUGUGGAAUCCAUAACCUGCAUGCCAUGCCAGGAGUCAUAGGGGGCAUUGUGGGAGCCAUUACUGCCGCAGCUGCAUCAGAGUCUGUUUAUGGCGCUUACGGGCUUAAAGAGACCUUUGAUUUCAAGGGUGACAUGGUACCCACACGGCAAGGUGGUUACCAGGCAGCAGGCCUCUGUGUGGCUCUCUGCUUUGGUGUGGGCGGAGGCAUCCUUGUCGGUUGUAUUUUAAGAUUACCUUUCUGGGGAGAUCCUGCGGAUGACAACUGUUUUGAUGAUGAGCCCUACUGGGAGCUUCCUCAGGAUGAAGAGAGCACGCAACCAGUCAUUCAGUACAACAACCACAUGCGGAACAAAGACAUAAUCGAGACAAGCUUCAACAUGCAGCAGAGCUGAAGCCUUAGGUGUUGAUCCUGAUUGAUCUCCAUUUAUAUCACUCUUUUUCAUUUAUUUUCUUAUUCUUGAAACAAAUGAUUAAUUCAAGUGCUAUUCCUAUCCAAUCAAAACCAGUAAUGUUUUAACAUUGAAAAAACGGUUUAGCUAUAAGUGAAAAAAACACCAGUUGAAUAAGAUUUUGUUUUGCAAGAUAUUUAUGUACAGUUAAAUCAAUUAUAAUUCAAUCACAUGUUUGGUGUUAAAAGAUGAGUGAUAUUAUACUGGUACUAGUGGAGUUAUUUCCCCUUAUUUUCACAAUGACAGACUCUUAAUAUGUUGAAGUCUGGACCUUUAAAACAAUUACUUAAAGUGCUUUAAAGUUAUUUAAAACCAUGAUUUCAACAAUUUAGCUUCAGACCAACUUGAAUUGUGCUUUGCACUGGAUUUUCACAUGUUUGACGUUGGAGGUAACAUUCGAACAGAAUACACAAACAUUUUGGCAUUGUCAAGCUGUCAGGUUUGUUUGUAAGCUUUCUAUUUAUUUGCGUAGUUGCUUUACUUUAUAUUGCAAAUAGACUCAACCUAAAUCUGUGUCUUCAUACAGAUAAGUUUUACAAUCAGAUGUAAUGAGAUUUGUGUUAUUGAUUUUAAAAUAAAGAGCUUUGAUACUU